AUGGCCGACAGCGGAGUCGUCACCGUGUACGGAAAGGGCGCCAUCUGCGAGACCUCCAGCACCAAAAAGUCCUCCUACCCCGUCAAAGUUGGCCUCGCCCAAAUGCUCCGCGGCGGCGUCAUCAUGGACGUCGUCACCCCCGCCCAGGCUCGCAUCGCCGAGGAGGCCGGCGCCUGCGCGGUCAUGGCCCUCGAGCGCGUCCCCGCCGACAUCCGCGCCCACGGCGGCGUUGCUCGCAUGUCCGACCCUCAACUCAUUAAAGAGAUCAAACGCGCCGUCACCAUCCCCGUCAUGGCCAAGUGCCGCAUCGGCCACUUCGCCGAGGCUCAGAUCCUCGAGGCCAUCGGAGUGGACUACGUCGACGAGUCCGAGGUCCUCACCGUCGCCGACGACGACAAUCACAUCAACAAACACAACUUCCAGGUCCCCUUCGUCUGCGGCUGCCGCAACCUCGGCGAGGCGCUCCGCCGCAUAAGGGAAGGCGCCGCCAUGAUCCGGACCAAAGGUGAAGCUGGAACCGGGAACAUAGUCGAGGCAGUUAGACAUGUUCGGUCGGUAAUGGGGGAGGUCCGUGUUUUGCGGAACAUGGACGACGACGAGGUCUUCGGGUUUGCCAAGAAGAUCGCGGCGCCGUACGACAUGGUCAUGCAGACGAAGCAGAUGGGGAGGCUGCCGGUGGUGCACUUCGCCGCCGGAGGGGUGGCGACGCCGGCGGACGCGGCGAUGAUGAUGCAGUUGGGGUGUGAUGGGGUGUUUGUGGGGUCGGGAGUUUUCAAGAGUGGGGAGCCGGCGCGGCGGGCGAGGGCGAUAGUGCAGGCGGCGACGCAUUAUAGUGACCCGGAGGUGCUGGCGGAGGUGAGCUGCGGGUUGGGGGAGGCAAUGGUGGGGAUUAAUCUCAGUGACAACAAUGUGGAGAGGUAUGCUUACAGGUCUGAGUAAGUACGUACUGUUCGAGUUUAAAGGCCCGAAGGGCUAAAGAGAUAGUAGAUUAAGAAUUUGAGUUUGCCAAAUAGAUACAUGUUUCUUUUUGUGAUUUGUUAUCUGGGUUUCUUUUUGUUCUUGUAGAUGUAAGUUGAGGCAAGAGUAACUGUUAGAAAUCAUUGUCAAUUGAGUUUUGAACUUGAUCAUUUGUUCAUGAUUAAUCGGAUGGAUUUGGAAAC